UACUUAAAGCAAAUGAAAUUAAUUUAUAGUUUGAAAAUUUUUUUUUUGAAAAAUUGGACAAAUCCAAUCCAUUUGGAAAAUGGAUAAAACUCACAGGUAAGCAAGCACUCUAAUCUUUUUCUUUCAAAAGCUACUUACUAUGGGGUAGCAGCUGAGAAUUGUCCAACCACAGAUGGCUGGUCAACAACACUCACCUUGUUUCUUACAUAUUCAAUCGAUCAUCGCCCUCAUAUUUCUGUUUCCCCUCCUCCAAUCACAACCCGCCACCUCACCCACUCUACUCCGCCUCACCACACUCCCUCUCACCCUCUCCGUCGUCGACUUCGGCGCUAUCGGCGACGGCGUCCACCAUGACACCGCCGCCAUCCAAUCCGCCAUCGAUGCUUGUCCCACCUUUACCUCCAAGGUCUGCUACGUCACAUUCCCUCCGGGAUCAUACCUUACAGCCACCGUUCGCCUUAAAUCCGGCGUCGUAUUGGACGUCCAAGAAGGUGCUAAGAUCCUCGGCGGCACGAGGAUCGGUGACUACCCGAGGGAGCAGUCGAGGUGGUACGUGGUGUUAGCAGAGAACGCCACCGAUGUGGGGAUCACCGGAGGUGGAGUGGUGGACGGUCAGGGUUUGGCUUUCGUGAAGAGGUUCGACGAGAGGAAGAACGUCAUGGUGAGCUGGAAUCGGACCGGAGCUUGCUACGGCGACGAGUGCAGGCCCAGGCUGGUCGGCUUCAUCGGCUGCAAGAAUGUUCGGGUUUGGAAUGUUAGGUUGACACAGCCCGCUUACUGGUGCUUGCACAUAGUACGGUGUGAAAACACAUCCAUUCAUGAUGUUUCCAUUUAUGGAGAUUUUAAUACACCAAAUAAUGAUGGGAUCGAUAUUGAUGAUUCAAAUAAUACGGUCAUUACAAGAUGCCACAUUGAUACAGGAGAUGAUGCCAUCUGUCCAAAGACAUACACUGCCCCGCUUUAUAACCUAACUGCAACAAACUGUUGGAUUCGGACAAAGUCUUCAGCAAUCAAAUUUGGCAGUGCUAGUUGGUUCGAUUUUAAGGGUUUGGUGUUUGACAAUAUUACCAUUGUUGAUUCUCACAGAGGACUGGGAUUUCAGAUACGUGAUGGAGGAAAUGUAAGUGACAUUACCUUCUCAAACAUCAACAUCACCACAAGAUACUAUGACCCGUCAUGGUGGGGAAGAGCAGAGCCCAUCUAUGUGACUACUUGCCCACGAGACUCAAGGUCAAAGGAGGGCUCCAUAUCUAACCUACUCUUCAUCAACAUCACUGCAAAUUCGGAAAAUGGAGUAUUCUUAUCAGGUUCUGAAGGUGGACUACUUAGGAAUUUGAGAUUCAUUAACAUGAAUAUCACUUAUAGAAAAUGGACAAAAUAUGAGGGUGGUUUGUUAGACUACAGACCAGGAUGCCAGGGACUUGUUAAACACAGCAUAGCGGGAAUCAUAAUGGAACACAUUGAUGGUUUGGAGGUAGAAAAUGUGAAUAUGAGAUGGUUUGAUAACCAUUUGAGGAGGUGGAAUAAUCCUUUGGAUUUCAGACCUUCAACUGUAAAUAACAUUUCUCUGCUUAAUUUCCAUUCAGGUUUGUACAAAGUGGAGAUUGAAAAAAGAGAGAGGGAGAGAUCAGGAAGAACCACAGAUAAUCCUCAUUCUUUUUAAUAACUUGAUGGACAUUGUCAUUUUUUUUACGCCAUGAAAUUUAAGUGUGAUUUGAUCAUUGAA